AUGGGGUCCGACUCCGAGGACGCCGCGGUCUCGGACUCGGACUUCGAGAACGACGAGGCGUACGAUGAGGAGGAAGAUGCGGAGGAGGAGGAGGAGGAGGAGGAGGAGGAGGAGGAGGUCACCGUCCUGUCCCAGGCGCAGGUGAAAGCGAGGAACGUCCAGGCGAUGCUCAGCGGAUCGCUCCAGGUGGCGAGGAGACCGAUGGUGAGCGGGCUGAAGUGCCAAGACGCCGCCGCGGUCCUCGCGCGCCCGUUCCGCGCCCCCUUCGCGGGCGCGACCGCGGGCCACUCCGCGGAGCUCGCGAAGCGCCUCGCGAUGAAGCGACGCUUCGUGCCGUGGGGCGGCACGAAGAACAUCGCGCACGCGGGUCGACCGAUGCAGAUCGGCUCCUUCUCCUCUCCGAUGCACGCGAAGAAGGAGGAGAAGGAGGAGGAGCUCCCCGAGGGCGUCGAGCCGCUCGUGCUGUGGGAAGACGCGGAUGGCGGGACGAACAGACCGAUCGUCGUGGACAACAUGCUCGUGAAGUGGCUGCGGCCGCAUCAGAGGGAGGGCGUCAAAUUCAUGUUCGAGUGCGUCAUGGGCCUGCGCGAUUUCGACGGCCGCGGGUGCAUCCUCGCGGACGACAUGGGCCUCGGGAAGACGCUCCAGGGGAUCACGCUGCUGUGGACGAUGCUGUGCCAGGGCGUCGUGACCGGGACGCCCACGGCGAAGCGAGCGCUGAUCGUGUGCCCGACGAGCCUGGUGAGCAACUGGGACGACGAGUGCAAUAAGUGGCUCAAGGGACGCGUGAAGACGCUGCCGAUUUGCGAGUCGUCGCGCGCGGACGUCAUCUCCUCCGUGAACCGGUUUUUGAGCCCCAGAAACACCGCACAGGUGAUGAUCGUGUCGUACGAGACGUUCCGCAUCCACGCCGAGCGGUUCGGCGCGGAAGACAGCGUGCAGCUCGUGAUGUGCGACGAGGCGCACCGGCUGAAGAACGGGGACACGCUGACGAAUAAGGCGCUGCAGUCGGUGCCGUGUCGGCGGCGAGUGAUGCUGUCGGGGACGCCGAUGCAGAAUCACCUGGACGAGUUCUACAGCAUGGUGAACUUUUGUAACCCGGGGUUGUUGGGGACGACCGCGGAGUUCCACAAGCACUACGAGAAGCCGAUUCUGGACGGAAGAGAGCCGGACGCGACGGAGAAACAGCUCGCGCUCGCGCAGGAGCGCAACGCCGAGCUCAGCGAGCUCGUGAACAAAUUCGUGCUCCGACGCACGAACACCAUCCUGUCGAAACACUUACCCCCGAAAGUCGUCGAGGUCGUGUGCUGCAAGCUGUCGCCGCUGCAGCAGCAGCUGUAUCAGCACUUUUUGGACUCCAAGGCGGCGAAGGCGGCGUUGACCGGGAAGAGCACGAUGGUGCUCGCCGCGAUCACGGCGUUGAAAAAACUGUGCAACCACCCGAAGCUGAUUUACGACAUGAUCAACGCGGAGAAAAACACCGGCAGCGCCGCGGCCGGGUUCGAGUCGUGCGGCGCGUACUUCCAGCCCGGGAUGUACGACGUCAGAGGCCCGCACGGGCGAGGCAAGAGCGGCAUGUGCGACGGGUGGGAAUUUCACUCGGGGAAAUUCGCCGUCUUGGCGCGUCUGCUCGCCAUCUUACGCGCGGAGACCAAGGACCGCAUCGUGAUCAUCAGUAACUACACGCAAACGCUCGACCUCGUGCAGUUUCUGUGUAAGCAGAACAACUACCCGCACUGCCGCCUCGACGGCGGGACGUCGAUCACGAAGCGACAGAAGCUCGUCAGGCAGUUCAACGACCCGACGGAGAACUGUUUCGUGUUUUUACUCUCGAGCAAAGCCGGCGGGUGCGGCAUCAACUUGAUCGGCGGGAACCGACUCGUCCUGUUCGACCCGGACUGGAACCCCGCGAACGACAAACAGGCUGCCGCGCGGUGCUGGCGCGACGGCCAGAAGAAGAAGUGCUACCUGUACCGCCUCUUCGCGACCGGGUCGAUCGAGGAGAAGGUUUUCCAGCGGCAGCUCUCGAAAGAGUCGCUUCAGAACGUCGUAAACGGCGAGGGCACGCUCGAGCAGUCGUCCCUGUCCAAAGACGACCUCCGCAAGCUCUUCACCCUGGACGCGACGACGGUGUCGGACACGCACGACAGCGUGGCGUGCGAGAAGUGCCCGGGGAAGCACUACGACGGCUUACACGGCCAAGCCGGCGUCACCGGAAGCGGCGGCCCCGCGGAUGAUUUUCAGCCGUGGGAGGAACAGGACGACGACGCGGAGGAGCAGAAGCUCGAGACGUGGGGGCACCACCACCGCGCGUGCACGCUUCCGGACCCCAUCAUGCGCCGCGCCGCGGGGGACGACGUGUCGUUCGUGUUUAGUUUACAGGUGGAAGGGUGCGCGAUCGUCGAGGAGGCGAGCAAGAAGAAGUCGACGCCGGCGCCGGGCGCGGCGGCGGCGGUCGCGGCGGCGGCGGCGGCGCCGCCCGCGGGGGGGUACAGGCUCGGCGCGGGUCGACCGAACGGCGGCGGGAUGCUGAGCGGGAUGACGCGCCCGGCGGCGGGGAUCGGUGCGGUGAACCGGGCGCCGGGACUGACGACGCGCGCGCCGCUGUCGACGGUGCAGAGCAACGUCCGAGCGCCGACGGGACGCGUCGGCGUCGGCGCGGGGAAGCCGUCCGCGGCGGCGGCGGCGGGGGUUGGCGCCGGGAAGAAGUCCGCCGCGGCAAAGCCGAAGCCGAAGCCGCAGCCGAAGCCGAAGGCGAAGCGGAAGAGCGACGAGUCCGAGUCCGAGGAGGACUUCGAGUCCGAGACCGAGGAGGACGAGGCGUCGGAGUCGGAGGAGGAGUCCGCGGGCGAGUCCGAGUCCGACCGCUCCGACGAGGACGAGGACGAUGUCGACGCGAAGCCGAAGCCGAAGAUGUCGGUCAAGGUCGUGAACACCGCGGCCGCGGCCAAGGCGAAGGCGCCGCCGGCGGCGCGCCCGAAGCGAGCCGCCGCGGGCGCGGGCGCGGCGAAGCGCCGCGAGAACGCCGAGUCGGCGGACGAGCCGAGCGCGUCGGAAGACGCCGCGUCCGCGAGCGAGUCCGACGGCGGCGGCAGCGAGGACGAGGAAGACGACGACGACGAUCCCGUCGCGGACAGCGAAGAGGAGAUGGACGCGAUGGACGCGAUAGACGCGGCGGCGGCGGCGGCGCUACGAAAACGCGCGCGCGACCGGGACAGGGACGCGAACCGCGCCUCCGCGCCCGGAGGGGACGCGCGCGCGGGCGUGGAGGUGGACGCGAAGCGAGGACGCACGAGCGAGGGCGGCGGGAGCGCGUCGCCGAUCGAGGAGUCGGAGUCGGAGUCGGAGCUCGCCAUGCUCGGCGGGGACUCGGACUCGGAAUCCUCGGAGCUCUGA